AUGGAGCUGUGUGGCCAGACUGAUCCCGCAGCCAGUUCCCGUUGCAUGAAAGAUCUUGUCUGGGAUGGUUGGGACCAAGUGGAAAUCACCUCGGCUGAGGAAGAUGAAUUUGGACUGGACAUUUCUGAUGCAGAAGCAGAAAAGUCAAAGUGUCUUCAAGAAGUUGUUGAUUAUACUGCAGACAAGAAGGCUGUUCAUGAAAAAAAAAAAAAAAAAGUUUUUUGA